AUGUCGGCUCACGAGCAGCAGACGGGCCCUCCACCCGGGACCGAUCCGCGGGAACAUGCGUCCGAGGAGGUCGAGGACAGCGAGAAUCCAGGACUCGAUUUACAGUCCUUGUCGCGUGCUGUCAAAGCCAGAAAGGCAGAUUAUACCCGUCGACAAUCUAUUCGAGUCAAGAUCGGUACAUGGAAUGUAGCCGCUAUCACCGGCACCGAGAAAGACAUCGGACAGUGGUUCGUGCAGGGACAAGGCGUUUGCAAAGAGUUCUCUGGCCUGAAGGGCUCGCAGUUCCGCCGGAAUGUCACUACGGGUGGGUCUUCUUCUCCAAGCGACGGGGAUGAUCAGAAGACGGACGGCAGCACGGCAGCGCCCUUCCAGUGCAGCCCGGAAGAAGUCGAUCUUUAUGUUUUGGGCCUACAGGAGAUCGUUGAUGUUUCCUCUCCAGCCGAAACUCUUCGACCCUAUACGGAUCCUGGACCUGCAAAUCGAUGGAAAGAGGCCGUUCAUCAAGCUCUUCCUCCGGGGUACCAGCUCGUCUCCGAGAUCCAGCUUUUGGGUCUAUUUCUUACCAUCUAUGCCUCCCCCGCAAUCCGCGACAGUAUCUCUUCGAUCAGUAGCACAUCUGUGGGCACGGGGCUCAUGGGAUACAUGGGCAACAAGGGCGCUGUUGCGACCCGCAUGGUCCUCGGUGAGACCACACGUCUGGUCUUCGUGAAUUGCCAUCUAGCUGCAGGAUCAGAUAAAGGGAGCCUGGAACGGCGCAAUUGGGAUGCAAUGCAAAUCAGCCAGCGUGCCAAAUUCGAGCCUGUGGAAUCGGACGACAAGUCUCAGGAAGACCAAGGCGAUAGUAUUGGCGACGAGGACUUUACUUUCUGGUUUGGUGAUCUCAACUAUCGGCUGGAUGAUAUCCCUGGCGAUGAUGUGCGACAAGUACUUGCUCGGCACACCGCGAACUCGUACGAUACCGCGUUGCAGGGGAAGCGAUCCAAGUCUGGUAGCCGUCGGAAUUCCCAUGUGUCCAAUUCUUCAUCCGAAAAUGACUCGGCAUCGCCUUCUCUACCCCAAGGGGAAGAGCCGCCAGAACCAGUAACCGAUGAGGACAUUGAUCCCCACAACGAUCCCGCGUCUCUACAAACUACCAUCUCGUCUCUCAUCACCCAUGACCAACUGCGGAUCCAACAGAAGAAGGGCACUGCUUUCCAUAGAGGAUGGCGAGAGGGCCAGAUCUCCUUUUUGCCAACGUACAAGUACGACCUCGGAAGUGUGGCGCUGUUCGAUACCAGCGAGAAACACCGUGGUCCGAGCUGGUGUGAUCGAAUUCUCUAUCGCACGCGACGGGACAAGCUCAAGCAUGAACAGUUGGAUCGGGAAGCAGAGGAGGCACGGAAACGAGACAAGGAGAUGCAAGCCCGUGGAUUGGACAAAGCAGUUGCCGAUGAUAAUGUGCUGUUUGAUUACGAUCCCGAGGUUGAUGGUCAAGAUGGCUCCGUCGACGGCGCGGGAUACGCCUCGGAUGCAGAUGGAGAAGACGAUUCUCCCCCGGCAUCUGAAGAUAUAUCACCAGACUCUAUUCAUCAGCAUCAUUAUGUUUCUCACCAGGGUAUCCUUUCUUCGGACCAUAAGCCACUGGACGCUAUCUUUACCCUGACAUUUGACGCUGUCAACCCUAGCCCUAAAGCAAAGGUACACCAAGAGGUGGCUCGUGAAUUGGACAAGGCGGAGAAUGAGGCUCGACCUGGUCUCACGGUCGUCGUGGAUACCCAUGCCGAUGAGGAUCGGUCACAGCGAGAUCCCAAUACUAUCGACUUUGGCGAGGUUAGAUACGAUGUUCCGAUUCAACGGAGUCUAACCGUUGCAAAUACAAGCGGUUCUCCUGCCACGUUCUCGUUUGCUGAGAGGUCUAGCUUGGGAGAUGAUACGAAGGAUAUACCACCGUGGCUGGAUGUCCACGUUCAUCAUUCCUCGGAUCACGAGGCGGCUGCCGGAGAAUCAUCUAAACCCGGGGGCACUCAUACUUUGCAUCCAGGGGAAGUAGCUAAUAUUGAUGUCACGGCGCAUAUUCGGAGCAUUGAGCAUGUCCGUCUGCUCAAUCUGAAGAAAGCCAAGCUCGAGGAAAUUCUGGUCCUUCACGUGGACAGCGGCCGUGAUCAUUUCAUCUCUGCCUGUGCAAAAUGGCUGCCAACUUGCUUCGGCUGCAGCGUCGAUGAAUUAACUCGUAUGCCCGAGGAGGGUGCUCGCUACCUCAACGGUGAAGGUGUAUCACACCGGGAAAAGAGUGCCAAUGAAGUACGACUGUCAGCACCUCGCGAGCUCUUCCGGCUGACUGAAGCUAUCUCCGAGCUGACAGAACGCGCCGUGGCGGAAUGGAGUAUGACCAAAGGAGAAUCUGAGAAAGAACAAGCGCCGUGGGUUAAAGGGCCAGGAGGUUCUGCAUGGCCUUUCCAGCCGGACACUUGGACUCUCACGGAUGCACACGAGCGUGCCAGCCUGUCAUCCUCGGUCCGUGAAUCUCUCGACACCAACGGUUCCCUGUCGAGCAUCUUUGCACCAGAAGUCACUUCCCUGCACCGGCUGGAGAUCUUAUCUGAGACUCUCCUCACCUUCCUCAACUCACUCAGCGACGGCAUCGUCACUGCAAAUGUCUGGCAGGAGAUAGAGCAACAUAUGAUCACCCGUGAGAAAGCCAAAGCCCUUCAACUUUCAUGGGAAGAGACCCAAGCGUGGGUCCUCGAGAGCCUCUCCUACUCGCCAGCACACAGCGUCUCCUUCACUUUCGUCACCUUUAUGCUCGCCCGUAUUGCGAACGAAGUAGCCCCAGUGCCAUCCUCCACACAAUCCAAUUCGACCACAUCAAACAACAAGAACCAAAAUGGCUCCCCCGACAAUCCUACCAAUUCUACAAACAAUCAAGACCAGAACCCACCCUCAGAUUCUAUAUUCCCAACACCGCCAACACCUGCCUCAGCCGCAGCAUUUAUAUCCGGAGGGAGUUUCCGCCGCAAACCCCGAUCAACGGAUUCGGACCUCGCGUCGAAUAGUUCUUCCAAUGCGGCAGCAUGUCGACGAGCUGUCGAGGCGGCGCUGGCUAAUAUCUUCUCACGGGUCUUGAUCUCAGCGGCCGUUCCUGUCCCGGCGAAGGAUAAGGAACGACGCGCGUCUGAUGAGCGGAAGAAGAGUAUCAUCGAGCCGUUUUUGAAGAUGAUUAGUGUUGAUGAGCGAGGUCCGUCUGGGGGUCGUUGA